GUAUGUACUAUGUAUGUACUAUGUAUAUUAGCCUUCACAAUUUCAUGUAUGUACCAUGUAUGUACUAUGUGUACUAAUCAUCAGUGUCUAUGUCAAACAUAACAUGUUUGUCCCAUGUAUGUGCUAUGUACUGGGUAUAGCCUGUCUAUGGACAACGUGCAUGUACUAAGUUUAAGUGCUCAGAUACUAUGUGCAGGUACUACGUGAAGUGUCUGGUUACCAUGUACGGUACUGCAUAAACAAUGUGUAUGGGCAAUGUGACGGGAAGGAGCCUAAAUGGACGGACUUGUUAACAGGAGAAUCAUACUGAUCAUGUAAAACAAAGACCCUUAAUACAGGCGAUCCUAAGUGCAACGAAGUUGCCUCUACGUGAAGGUACUAUGUGAAGUGUCUGGUUACUAUGUACUAUGACGAGGCCACUGUCUUGGAGGUGGCGGUGGAGAUGGGGAACGUCUCCGCCGAAGAGGCAUCUGUAACGAUCGAUCCGACGCUGGAUGCCUCCGCCGACGGAAGCCUUUGUGAUGGACGAUCUGACCAUGAAUGCACUGAUGAUGAGGUCGAUGAAGAAGGGGAGGCAUGCAAGGUGGAGGAGGAGGAGGACGACAAGGAGGAGGCGGCGGAAGAAGAAGAGGAAAAUGAAGAAGAGGAAGCAGAUGACUGAGGGGAUGAUGUUGUAGUAGAUGUCGGCGGGGGAGGAGGUGUUGAUGGUGGUGGGGGCGGUGGUAGUGGUAGUGGUGGGGGUGGAGGUGGUGGGGUUGAUGGAGGCAGAGGCGGUGAUGGUGGCGGCACACUUUCAGCAGCAGUCGUCGCCGCAUUGCCAGGAUGCAGGCCUUCAUCCCCUGCAGCCAUUGCGACAACGUUUACAUUAUUUGUAGCGGCUGGCACGGUCUCCCGCUGAGCCAACGUAUCCACAUUAGCGUCUGCCAUUUCAGCAG